CCGGCCGGAAAGUCUUGAGAUUUUUUUUUUCUUAAAAAACUCUAAGUUGAGGAGGGUGGGGCAAAACGACUAAAUCCCAUCCUCCUGUGAUUCUUUAGGCGGAAAACUGUCCAAAUCUGUGGGUAAAUUCACAAGAUAAGAAAAGGAUGGCAUCUAGAGUAAAUAGCAGUUUCACUUUGAUUCCCAACCAGAAAUAUAGACGUAGUAGUCGUCGAUCCAGCCAUGUUUCCAACACCCUGGACUCAGAUUCUCAGCCCUUAUCAGGACUUGGAAACUUUAAAGCCUUGCCAUUGGAAAUAUUCCAAAUAAUCUUAAGAUAUUUAUCAGUGAAGGAUAUCAGCAUGCUAAGCAUGGUGUCCAAAACAGUCAGCCAGCACAUUAUUAAUUAUAUCUCAACCUCAUCAGGAAGCAAAAGACUUUUACUACAGGACUUUCAUCACCUUGAGCUGCCUGGCAAGAGACAAGACUCUGCUCUGUUGGAACACUACAGAUCUCUAGGUUUACUAUUUAAAAGAUGUACAUUGCUGCUACCCACAAAGGAGAGACUAAAGUACAUUCACAAGAUACUCGCAGAAGUUCCCUGUUUUAAAUUCAGUGGCUGUGCAGCUCCUAUGCAGUGUUCAGGAUUAUCAUGUUAUGGCAGGCUUUUACAGACCUUAACAGCAGGUUGGGAUGAACUCGAAUGCCAUCGUGUUUUUAACUUUUUAUGUGAGCUGACUGAUCUCUCCCGCAAAAUGCAGACCAUUGUCUUCAGCAAACCAGGAAAUUCCCGAAAACUAGAGUUAAGGAUCAGACUGUUCUGUAGGAAUGUCCUGUUUGAUCACUGGACACAUAGAAGUGAUUCUGCUUUUUGGUUGACACGUAUAUUAAAACCAUGGCCAAUGGUGAAUCAGGCAAGACUACUAUAUAUCAUCUUUGGACCAAUAUCUCCUCAAGAUGGACAAGUGGUUUGGCAGAAAAUGAUAGAAGAACCUACAGAUGAAUCUAGUCUGAAAGGCCUGGCUGAUGCCAUUAAAUUACUAUAUGACACAGGCAUCAAAGAGUGGACAGCAGAUGAUGUUAUCAGUCUUAUAGAUGAACUAUCAGUGGUUCCUCGGGAGUGGCUUCUAGAAAAUAAUGCACGUCUCCUAAUCCUAAGUGGGAACGACAUCUGUUUCACUUUCAUGGCUAGUAAAGCUGUGAAUGGACGGACCGCUGAACUGGCAAGACUGAUAGUCUUUUUGGCUUUGGUGUGCGAGAAAGAACUAUACUGCAUGGACUGGGCAGUUAAAAUGAUGCAAAAAGUCUGUAAAGUCUUUAGUACCUCAGUUGAAAAAACCAGCUUCCUGCAGAAUGUGGCAAAUGCAUUUGCAUGUAUUAUAAUGGAAAUGCUGCAGUCAAUUAUGUCUGGAGAUCGAGAUGAAGAGGACAGAAUCUUUUUGAAUUUGUUCCAUCUUGUGCAUGCUCAAGCUAAUUUCCAUAAGGAGGUCCUGUAUUUGACCAUCAAUUCUAUCGCUACCUAAAUACUCAGAAAGCCGUGCAUUUAGAGACUACCUCACUGAACUAACGAUGAGAAGAAUGCUCCUUUCCACAAUCAAAAAAGAGCGCCCAGGGAACUUUUUAUGACCCAAGUAAUUCUAAAGUUGCACAGCAUUUUAGUGGCAACUGCUUAUAUUAUUAAUAUAAAAAUUAUAGGCAAACCCAAGAAUAUAUUGAGAUUAUUCUAGAAAACAAGCUGUUUCUCUCCAGACUUUAUAAACCUAACACCAAAAUUUAGUGUCCAAGAGUCUGGGGCCAACCAGACUGUAUGUAUGAGACUUUGAAGCAAGAGAAAAUUUUGUUUUGUAGUUGAGCAGACCCAAAUUUAGUAUGUAUCUGUUCACUGUGCUUAGAUUGUGUAGACAUAGCCUAGAAUGUUUUAUGAAGGUUUGCAAUAUGAUGUUUUGGAAUGUGCAGAUAUAAAUCACAUUUUAAACCACCUUGUUGGCAUAUAGUUAUAAAGACCAUUAUAUUUUGUUCAUUUUUUGUAUAAACUAACAGAUCAAAACCAAAGAAAGUAUGUGUGUAUAUGUAUAUACAUAUCCAUAAAUAUUUAUAUAUGUACAUAUAGACAAAUAUAUAUAUAUAUUAUAAAUCAUAUAAAAAGUCUAUAAAGAGAGGGGUAUAUAGUGUUUUAAUACAAAUCAUAUUUUAUUUUCUGGGGAUUAGAGUAAAAUGUUGCAAAUAAGGGAAAAUAUAAAAUGAAAGAAAAUAUUCUGAUGCCAGCACAAUAUGCACAAAUAAUUUGCACUUCUUCCUAAAGCUUUUCUCCCUAUCUUAAAGAGUAGAACUUGAAGAAACUGGAAGCAUGGAUGUAAAAGCAACCCAGGAGUGGGAUUUUUCUUCACUCAAAUAAAUGAAUUCUAAGAAGCUCCAGGGCUAUUUCAGUCUGACUAGCAUCACUUUUACUAUUAAAGUAGAAAAUAAUAGCGCCUAAUGAGGCUGACAUAACGCUGGAGCCCUCCUGGAUUUUCCAAUUCUUCUCCUCGGGUGAACACAACUUUUCCCACUCAACUUUUCAGACACCGGCUCUCUUUUUCCAAGCCCUUAAUUUAAAUCACCUCUUGACCUGAUAAAGGGAAGAAACAACUAGACGAUAUAGAAAUUACCUGCAGAAGUAGGAUAGAAAUAGUGUAAAAUUUUCAAGUAUUUGGCAAGUGGGGCUCAGUAAGAGAUUUAAUAAGAUUGAGGAAGAGUGAAAUUUGUGGAGGAAAUGUAAAUUUUUAUAACAAGAUUUUACUAAAUUUCAGUAGCAUAAGCACUUAACCUUGGAUGGUCAGAAACUAACUGCCUUUCUUUGAUGGAUUGUCCAACUGUAAUUCCAUCGGUUGCAGGAAUUAUUUCUCCAGAGGUUAGCCUUUGCAUAUUUAUG